AUGAGUCAGAAAGAUGCAAACAAAGUGGUGACGGUUGUUGCCUACUUGUGUCAAGGAGACAAGUCUAAGGAAAUAUCGUACACGGAUGCCAAAGUAAUUGGAAACGGAUCGUUUGGCGUUGUGUAUCAAGCCAGACUCCUGGAGACUGAUGAAAUAGUCGCCGUUAAAAAAGUUCUUCAAGACAGGAGAUUCAAGAAUCGAGAAUUACAAAUUAUGCGUCAACUGGACCAUCCAAAUAUUGUGCAGUUAAAGUACUUCUUUCACUUUGUGGGUGACAGAAAAGAUGAUGUUUAUUUAAAUUUGGUCCUUGAAUUUAUUCCGGAAACAGUUUAUCGUGUUGCCAGAAGAUAUGCCCGCCAAAAGGAAACAAUCCCUCUUUUGUUUGUAAAGCUUUAUAUGUACCAACUUUUUCGAAGUUUGGCCUACAUACAUCAUAAAGGCAUUUGUCAUCGGGAUAUAAAACCCCAAAAUUUACUUUUAAAUCCAGCUACAGCUGUUUUAAAAUUAUGCGAUUUCGGAAGUGCGAAGGUUCUAGUUCGCGGCGAACCUAACGUUUCUUACAUUUGUUCCCGUUAUUACCGGGCUCCUGAAUUGAUAUUUGGUGCUGUGGAUUACACAUGUCAGAUUGAUGUUUGGUCAGCUGGCUGUGUACUUGCUGAACUUUUGUUAGGUCAGCCAAUUUUUCCUGGAGAAAGUGGUGUAGACCAGCUUGUUGAAAUUAUCAAGGUUUUAGGUACUCCUUCCCGCGAACAAAUUCACGAAAUGAAUCCUGACUAUCGAGAAUUUAAAUUUCCACAGAUUAAACCCCAUCUCUGGUCAAAAGUUUUUCGUCCUCGUGUUCCAUCAGAAGCGAUUCAGUUGGUGUCACAGCUACUCGACUACACACCCUCAAAACGAUUAGAACCGUUAGAUGCUUGUUUACACUGCUUUUUUGAUGAGUUAAGACAAGAAGGAACUAGACUUCCCAAUGACAGACCUCUACCUCCAUUAUUUAAUUUGACACCAUACGUUGUGUAAUGCUGCAAUGUAUUUGUCUGUUCUUUACGGAUAAAAAUUGAUUAUCUGCUGUCAGGCUACAUUGCAGCAUCGAUAAUGUGUUGAUGUAAGUUAAAACACUAAACGUUUGAACUGUUUUAGAUCGUACAAACAUUAUGCUUGUUUUAGAUGAAGUCACUAUUUUGUGUAUCUAUACUGUUGACUAUCAAAUGGUGUUGCUAUGUUGACAUCUGAAUGUCCUCUUCAUAUAUUCUAUUUUUCACAUAAUUCUUACGCUAUAAUAAAGCGUGUAUAAAAAUGUUGGUGUGUAUACCGAUUUUUGAUUGCUUAUUUCUAUUCUAUUUCUCUCUCUCUCCAUUUCGAUACUUGCAAAUUGUAUUUUCAAUAUCAAUAAAGUUUUGAGGUACAAAUUUAAUAUUCGCAUAAAAUUGAUUUUUAUUAAUUUCGUAUUUACUGUUCUGUAUAGUGGUGUGUAAUUCAACAGAAUAAUUUGUUACCUAUAAUUUAAACUCCGCUUGUAGCUCUCCUAGGGUUACUGCCAGUCCCAACCUCGGGUAAGGAAGGAGGGUUGGGUAUGAAGUCAGCAACCGCAUCCCUUGGGAAAAAAACAUUUGUAAAAAACGCUAACUAUAAUCAACAAAGUAAACCAUUUAAUCUCUGCCCUGUAAAAGCCAAAAUUCUUUGGAAGUCACAAAGCUGAUGCCCCUCCUAAAAACCAGAGCAACAAUUUUUAAGGGUAAAUGGAAUGUCCUAAUGUUAUUAGGUUUCAAAAACUCCUGAACAGUUUCUUUUUAUUCUAAAAGCCCCCAAAAGCCUUGGUAUGGCCGAGGGUGGGGAGGGUCAAUCCUCCCUCUCGAAAUGUUGUCACAUGACCACGUGUAUAUAGCCACUUCUAAAAAAGUCCUACUCAGUGCCUUCUCGUGGCACUACUGUUGUUUACGAAAUUGAGAGGAC